CACCUGGUUCAGCCUGAUAUCUCCCUGACUGACUCAAUGGGAGGGGUCUCCAGGGGCCACCAGGGGCCCGAGGUGUUCAGGGGCUACAGCUUCACCAUCACCUGCUCCACUCAGCCACAGUACCCAGGAGGCUCCUUCCUCCUCACGUUCACCGGCUCCAACAGAACCCAGACCCAGCCAGCUGUCAAUCACUCUGCUGCCUUCCUCUUCCCUGCUGCAGAUGACUCCCACCAAGGGAACUACAGCUGUGUUUAUGAGAAUUAUGUUUUCUCUCACAACUUCUCCUCUGAAAGCGAUCUCCUCUCCCUCACCAUCACAGAUCACCUGGUUCAGCCUGAUAUCUCCCUGACUGACUCAAUGGGAGGGGUCUCCAGGGGCCACCAGGGGCCCGAGGUGUUCAGGGGCUACAGCUUCACCAUCACCUGCUCCACUCAGCCACAGUACCCAGGAGGCUCCUUCCUCCUCACGUUCACCGGCUCCAACAGAACCCAGACCCAGCCAGCUGUCAAUCACUCUGCUGCCUUCCUCUUCCCUGCUGCAGAUGACUCCCACCAAGGGAACUACAGCUGUGUUUAUGAGAAUUAUGUUUUCUCUCACAACUUCUCCUCUGAAAGCGAUCUCCUCUCCCUCACCAUCACAGAUCACCUGGUUCAGCCUGAUAUCUCCCUGACUGAAUCAAUGGGAGGGGUCUCCAGGGGCCACCAGGGGCCCGAGGUGUUCAGGGGCUACAGCUUCACCAUCACCUGCUCCACUCAGCCACAGUACCCAGGAGGCUCCUUCCUCCUCACGUUCACCGGCUCCAACAGAACCCAGACCCAGCCAGCUGUCAAUCACUCUGCUGCCUUCCUCUUCCCUGCUGCAGAUGACUCCCACCAAGGGAACUACAGCUGUGUUUAUGACAAUUAUGUUUUCUCUCAUAACUUCUCCUCUGAGAGUGAGCUCCUCUCCCUCACCAUCACAGGUAACUGAACAUGAACCAGACUUAUAACUUUGUCAUUGACAGAUUUCCCACAGAUCUAUGUGAUGAUGAUCAGUCCCCUCAUCAAAGGUGUUUCUGUUUGCAGCCUCUCCUCU